AUGUUCGAAUCAAAUUUAUCAUUUUCACAAAUUAUUUUAAAUUCACCUAAAUUAGUUUGGCAUGAAAAAUAUGUUCCUUUGAAAAUUUUAAAUACUUUACAUGCGCUUCAAAUAAACUUAAAUUAUAAGAAAAGUUUAAAAGAUAGUCCAAUAUCUUGGUUACAAGGUUUAUUUGCCGUAAUAGUUAUGAGUGUCGGAGGAAGUACUACUAGUGCAAUUCUUUGUGGAAAGGCACCUCACUGGCUUGCUUCUAAUACAACAAUAACCACAUAUCUUAUAAUUUAUUUCUUAAUAUUUUAUAUUCCAUUCUUUCACCGUUUUUGCAAUUCAAUUCCAAAAAUUAUUCUCGAUCCAAUUCUUUUAAUAGCUGAUGGUAUCCUUCGAACUAGUUCAAUAUAUUCAAUAAUUGAUAAUAUUCUUUUCGAAAUGAAUGAUGAACCAUUAUUAAAAAAUAGUUGGGUAGCUAUAUUACUUUGUGGAACUUUAAGUGGUUGUGGAGGGAGUAUUUGGGUAUCAGCUUUUCAAAUGAAAUCUCCUAAUUGGUCAUUCACUACUCCUUCCACUUUCUUAGAACCAACUUAUGAUAUGAAGAUAAGUUUCAUGAUUACAUUGAAUGACAGGAUUGAAUUUGAUUAA